AUGGGCAAGAUCGACUACAGCAAUGGAGUUUCGAUUCUCCAACUAAUCGUUUACUUCCCUUCUAUCUUUAUCUCUGCUUUCCUUGUCGCCCGUCAUGGCCUCCGCACAAACAGCGGAUUCAUCUUCAUCGUCGUCUUCACUCUUCUUCGCAUCAUCGGCGGCAUUUGUGACCUCUUAACAAUCAACAAUGACUCGAAAUCCUUAUACACGACCUACGCGAUCACAAGCUCCAUUGGCCUGACCCCAAUGCUGAUGGCCUGCUCUGGACUUCUCUCUCGGGCCGACGGAUCCAUCAAGAAAGUGACUGGAUAUGGUCUUCCUGAGCUCCCAACUUUCCGCGCAUUCCGUCUCCUUAACAUUGUCGCUCUCAUCCUCUGUAUCACUGGCAUCACCCUCAACAUGAACGACAAUGGUACGAUCUCAUCGAACAUCGAAGCAAAGAUCGGUAUGGUCCUCUACAUCGUGUCCUGGGUCUUCAUGAUGGUCUUGCUCGCCAUCCUCAACACUCGCCGUGGUGGCCUCGAGCCCCUCGAGAAACGCACUCUGCUCGCUGUCGCCAUCUCCUCGCCUUUCAUUCUAGUCCGCGUGAUCUAUGCCGUCCUGGUCUGGUUCCUGGAUGACAAGACUUUCAGCAUGACCGGUGGCAACGAGACUGUCACUCUUGUUAUGAGCGUUCUCAUGGAGUUUGCUGUGGUUAUCACCAUCCUUGGAAUUGGUAUUACCCUGCCCGUGCGUGGAAAGGCGCCCCAGAACUCAGAUAAGGAGCGCGGUUUGCAGCAACAGUGGAGCGGUCGUUCUUGA